CUUCAGCCGAGCUUACACGGCCGCAGACAGCAGAUAGGACAGUUUUAGCCAAUAGCUUCGACUUGUGGACAGUUUUAGGAAAUAUAAACUUCGAGCACGGACGGCUACUCCUUGAAGCUGAUGUCUGUUGGCUUUUAGGAGGAGGGAACACAUGCCGGUGACAUCGCUGCUCUCCUGCGCAGCGGACGGUACCGUGUCAAUGGACCGCGGCGUCCGUGUUUUCCUUUCCAAGGGAGGCGAGUAAAGUAGCGACGGAUUUAUUUAGACCCCCGCGUUGAAAGGGCUGGCGGGCGACCACGCUCCCACGUUCCUUAACGUCCAAAAGGUUCUUGUGGUUUUGUGUCGAAGACGCCGUCGAAGAUGUCGACCAGCAGUCCCGAAGCGGUGAAGAAAUUGCUGGAGAACAUGCAGACGGACCUGCGGUCUCUGUCCAUGGAGUGCAAGAAGAAAUUCCCUCCUGUCAAAGAGGCUGCAGAGUCAGGCAUUGUGAAAAUUAAGACCAUAGCAGCCAGGAAUACAGAUAUACUGGCAGCACUGAAGGAAAACAGCUCAGAAGUUGUGCAACCCUUUCUGAUGGGUUGUGGCACCAAAGAGCCAAAGAUCACCCAGCUGUGUUUAGCUGCCAUUCAGAGACUCAUGUCCCAUGAGGUGGUGUCUGAGGCAGCAGCCGGGAACAUCAUCAACAUGCUGUGGCAGCUGAUGGAAAACGGUUUGGAGGAGCUGAAACUCUUACAGACAGUUCUGGUCCUGCUGACUACCAACACAGUAGUUCAUGAUGAAGUUCUUUCUAAGGCCAUCGUGUUGUGUUUCCGUCUGCACUUUACCAAGGACAACAUCACCAACAACACGGCAGCUGCCACCGUCAGACAAGUCGUCACAGUUGUGUUUGAGAGGAUGGUGGCAGAGGACGAGCGCUUUAAAGGUAUUGUGGAGCAACCUCCUCCUGUCCAAGGAAACACCAAUAGGCGGUCCGUUAGUACUCUGAGACCCAGCGCCAAGGAUGCAUACAUGCUGUUUCAGGAUUUGUGCCAGUUAGUGAAUGCUGACGCCCCCUACUGGCUGGUGGGGAUGACGGAGAUGACUCGGACUUUUGGCCUGGAGCUGCUCGAAUCUGUUCUCAAUGACUUCCCUGGCGUAUUUCUACAGCACCAGGAGUUCAGUUUCUUGCUGAAAGAAAGGGUGUGCCCCCUCGUCAUCAAGCUCUUCUCUCCCAACAUCAAGUUCCGGCAGGGCACCGGCAGUGCUGCCGCACCAGCCCCUGUAGAGAAACCUUACUUUCCCAUCUGCAUGAGGUUACUGCGAGUGGUUUCAGUCCUCAUCAAGCACUUCUACAGCUUAUUGGUGACCGAGUGUGAGAUCUUCUUGUCUCUGCUGGUGAAGUUUCUUGAUGGGGAGAAGCCACAGUGGCUCAGAGCGGUGGCUGUGGAAUCAGUCCAUAGACUGUGUGUACAGCCUCAUUUAUUAUGUUCCUUCUGUCAGUCAUACGACAUGAAGCAGCACUCCACUAAGGUGUUCAGAGACAUCGUCAAUGCUCUGGGAUCCUUCAUUCAGUCCUUGUUUAUUGUCCCCAACGCCGGCAGCGCUGCUGCUGUCAACUGCCCUGCUGGUGGGUCAGGUUCAGGGGCUCAGGGCACAGUUCAGGGCGGCCCGGGGGCAGGAGGGGUCAGCAGUACCUUGACCACCCAGGCUGCAUUUGAAUAUCGUGGCACCUGGAUCCCUCUCAUGAAUGUCAGCGUGCAAGGAAGUGCCAAGGCUACAUAUUUGGAGAUGCUGGACAAGGUGGAGCCCCCUUCCAUCCCAGAGGGCUACGCCAUGUCGGUGGCCUUCAGCGCCCUGCUCGACCUGGUGAGGGGCAUCACAACCAUGAUUGAAAGAGAACUGACCAUGGAGGAGGAGGCAGCCGCAGAGUUCAGGGAGACUCACCCCGAUCAGGAGUGGAGGCCGCAGCCUGGGUCCCAUCUGGUUUGGGAAGAGAUGGUCAAUGCCAGCUGGUGUGGACUCCUGGCUGCCCUUUCUCUGCUGCUGGAUGCCAGCACGGACGAGACGGCCACAGAGAACAUCCUCAAAGCGGAGCUGACCAUGGCCUCGCUCUGCGGUCGUCUCGGCCUCGUGACGCCUCGAGACGCAUUCAUCACAGCCAUCUGUAAGGCCUCUCUGCCGCCACAUUACGCCCUGACUGUUCUCAGCACCAGCACCACCAGCCUCUCCAGCAAAGCCUACUCUAUCCAGGGCCAAAGUGUGCAGAUUAUCAGCCCAUCCAGUGAAUCUCAUCAGCAGGUGGUGGCCGUAGGGCAGCCGCUCACCGCCCAGCCUCAGGGCACCGUGGUGCUGACUGCCAAAAAUAUCCAGUGUAUGCGAACGCUGCUGAACCUAGCUCACUGCCACGGGGCCGUGCUGGGCACCUCCUGGCAGCUGGUGUUGGCUACUCUCCAGCAUUUAGUUUGGAUCCUGGGUCUUAAACCAGGGGCAGGUGGUGCCCUGAAACCUGGUCGAGCAGUUGAAGGGCCCAGUACCGUGCUGACCACAGCAGUCAUGACGGACCUGCCCGUCAUCUCCAACAUCCUGUCCAGACUGUUUGAGAGCUCACAGUACCUGGAUGACGUUUCUCUGCAUCAUUUGAUCAAUGCACUCUGUUCACUCUCAUUGGAGGCAAUGGAAAUGGCUUAUGGAAACAAUAAGGAACCAUCUCUGUUUGCGGUUGCUAAGCUGCUGGAAACGGGCCUGGUGAACAUGGAUCGUAUUGAGGUCCUGUGGAGACCCUUGACAGGUCACCUGUUGGAGAAGGUCUGCCAGCAUCCAAACUCCAGAAUGAGAGAGUGGGGAGCCGAGGCACUGACAGCACUCAUCAAAGCUGGCCUCGCCUACAAACAUGACCCUCCACUGACACAAAACCAGCGACUGCAGCUUUUAUUGCUGAACCCCCUGAAGGAGCUGUCCAAUGUGCUGCACGCUGACAUUCGGCAGAAACAGCUGGAGUGUGUUCUUCAGAUCCUACAGAGCCAAGGAGACGGCCUGGGCCCUGGCUGGCCCCUCGUGUUGGGUGUUAUAGGGGCCAUCCGCAACGAUCAAGGCGAGUCGUUGAUCCGAACAGCCUUUCAGUGCCUGCAGUUGGUGGUGACGGACUUCCUUCCCACCAUGCCUUGCACGUGCCUCCAGAUUGUCGUGGAUGUAGCUGGCAGCUUCGGCCUUCAGAACCAGGAGCUCAACAUCAGCCUCACGUCCAUCGGCUUGCUGUGGAACAUUUCCGACUACUUCUUCCAAAGAGGCGAGGCCAUCAUCCAGGAGCUGGAGAGGGAGGAGGUGGCUCUGCAGAAGCAGGCUCAGGAGAAAGGCGAGACCCUCAACAGGCCCUUCCACCCAGCCCCUCCCUUCGACUGCCUGUGGCUGUGCCUCUACGCCAAGCUGGGCGAGCUGUGUGUUGACCCACGGCCUGCUGUGCGUAAAAGUGCCGGGCAGACAUUGUUCUCCACCAUCGCUGCCCACGGGACCCUGCUGCAGCAGCCGACGUGGCAUGUUGUGGUCUGGAAGGUUUUAUUCCAUCUGUUGGACUGCGUGAGGACAUCGUCCACCACAGCAGACAAGGAGAAGAUUGAGUCCGGGGGAGGGAACAUCCUCAUCCACCACUCCCGUGACACCGCUGAGAAACAGUGGGCUGAAACCUGGGUGCUGACCUUAGCUGGGGUGGCUCGCAUUUUCAACACAAGGAGAUAUCUUCUCCAGCAGUUAGGGGAUUUCUUCGAGGCCUGGGAGGUGCUGCUGAACCACAUCCAGUCAGCCGCUCUCAGUAAAAACAAUGAAGUUUCUCUGGCUGCUCUCAAGAGCUUUCAAGAAAUCCUGCAGAUUGUCACUCCCGUGAAAGACUCGGAUAAAGCAGGGGAUGCACUUGCCGCCAUGGGUGUCCCCCCAGUCUUCAUCGACCCCCUCUCAGCUUCUGGUCCCGGCAGACCCCUGGUGCGCUCCGAUUCGCUAGUGGAGAGGUUGACGAGGUACAACGGGGCCGAGCUGCAGGCGCCGCCGCCGGGGGAGGAGUCGGCCUUGGAGGACUUGACGCUGUGGUGGUCGGCGUGGAACACGUGGUACCGGACGGGAACUGAGAGCACGAGGCCGCCUAGUGGCCCGAUGGAAAAGCUUUCCUUCAUCCCGAGCCAGCCCUUCCUCACAGCUUUGGUACAGAUCUUCCCGGCACUCUACCAGCACAUCAAAGCCAACUUCAGCAUGGAGGAUCUGAAGAAGCUGGGGGUCAUCCUCCAUGGUGCUGUGUCUGUUCCCAUCAGCAGCGACGCCUCGCCCUUCAUCCUGCCGUCCUACACUGAGGCCACGCUCACCAGCCUGCAGGAAGCUGUGCUUAUUGCUCUGGAUGUUUUACAAAAGGCAGAGUGGGUUGCCUUAAACUACGUGCCCUUCGCCGAGCGCUCCUUGGAGGUGGUCGUGGACUUGUACCAAAAAACGGCGUGCCACAAAGCCGUCAUCAGCGAGAAAGUCCUGCAGAAUAUUAUCAAGACUUUAAGAACACCCCUGGGUUUGAAGUACGCCUGUCCGUCAGAAAGCACCUGGAAGCUGGCGGUUUCCUCUUUGCUGAAGGUUCUGUCUAUUGGACUGCCAGUCGCACGUCAGCAUGCCUCGUCAGGGAAGUUUGACACGAUGUGGCCAGAGCUGGCCAAUGCCUUUGAAGACUUUCUAUUCACCAAAAGCACUCCCCCAGAUAAUCUGUCGAUACAAGAAUUUCAGAAGACUGAAGCCAUUGAUGUUGAGGUGGUCCAGUUGAUCAGCACAGAGAUUUUACCGUUUGCCAAUUUCAUCCCCAAAGACUUUGUUGGUCAGAUCAUGACCAUGCUCAAUAAAGGUUCCAUUCACUCCCAGGCUCCCUCUUUUACAGAGGCAGAGAUUGAUGUACGGAUGCGCGAGGAGUUCUCAAAGGUGUGUUUUGAAACGUUACUACAGUUUUCUUUCAGCAACAAGGUGUCCACCCCUCAGGAGGGCUACAUCUCCCGAAUGGCACUCUCUGUGCUCCUCAAGCGCUCCCAGGAUGUUCUCAGGCGCUAUGUAGAAGAUGAGAGGUUGAGUGGACGUUGCCCCUUACCAAGGCAACAAGUGACUGAGAUUAUCUUUGUCUUGAAAGCUAUAAGCACUUUGAUGGAUUCUCUUAAGAAGACACAGCCAGAAAAUGUGGAUGGCAACACGUGGGCUCAGGUGAUCGCCCUGUACCCCACACUCGUAGAGUGCGUCACGUGCUCCUCGUCUGAGGUGAGCUCGGCCCUGAGGGAGGCCCUGGGGCCCUUCAAAGACUUUAUGCAGCCACCGGUCUCCAAAGUGCAGAAUGGGGAGUCCUGACCAGAUUCACUUGAAGCUCCUUGUUUUUAUAUAAUGAAGAAAUCUGAAGUCUGAAUUCUGGUCCUGGGUGCUUCACCAGUGCUUGGACAUGAACUCCACAUGAGCUCCAUCUGCGGUGACAUGAAGAAGCCCUCAACAAGGGCCGACUGCCACCACAACUGAUGAUUCACACACAUCACGUGCUUCUCGUCAGCUCUCCUCCAUUUUCAUACAGACUGGCUGCAAUCGCCUGUUGAUGACAGAAAUUAAAGGAAAGUUGCGGUGUUGCCUCUGGGUUUGUUUUGUUUUAUUCUGAAGAGGCUGCAGAGACGUACCGUGUGCAGUGAGGGUGUCAAGUCAUGUAACUAAGAAAGAACUAAAGCAACAAAAAAUACUGGGGCUUUAUUCUUCAUGAUGAUUGAACACUGAGACUUUUUGUUAACAUUUUCAGUCGUGAAUUUCUUGCAGAUUUUGGGCAAGAAAAUAAAUUUUACUUUAACAUUCCAUGUCAUCCAUAGCCAGCCAUGUUUGAAGGGAUGAUCCUGUCUGUAUGAAAUAAAUGAGACAAUUCAACAAUCA